AUUCAAUUUCGUGACACCAACAAUCCCCAACUUCCCAAUGUCUUCUCUACGCCGCCUCAUCCCAUCCCCACCGCCAGACCUCCGCCGCAUCGCCGUGAUCCUCUCCACCCUCCGAUCAACAACCUCAACACGAUCCAUCUCCAACUCAACCGAAUCGGCUCACAAUCACCAACACUCACCUAUCAACCAACAGGAAACCGUUAACGAACAAGAUAAGGUUAUAAAAAGUGAAGAAAUCGAAGAAGAUGACGGAGAUGAACUCGAUAUUAAUGAAGAGACCGGUGAGAUCGGUGGUCCGAAAGGACCUGAGCCUACUCGGUUCGGCGAUUGGGAACGUAACGGUCGUUGUUCCGAUUUCUAAGUCCACAGGUUAGAUUGCUGCUGCAGUGGAUUUCCAGAUCUGGUUAUAUGUUAAAUUUAUGAUUCAAUUACUUUACUGAUUGUAAUCGGUUAGAUAUGGUGGAUGUGGUUUAGAUCUAUGAUUUGUAAUAAGGAAAUGGUGAUUUGAGUGUUCGUAACCGGAAUUGAAGUUCGUCAGCCUGGUUAAAGGAUUCAAAAUUUGUGUUUGUUAUAUGUUUGAUCAAUAGGUUGGAUGAUUCUCGGAUACAUUUCCAAGUUGAAGGUUUUCAAAUUCUUAGGGUUUUGGUUUUGCUAUGUAAAUUGUCGGUUUUGGUUGUAAAUGAGCCGAACGUUUAGUGAACCGUUUGUUAACCGUUCGGUGGGAAGCCGUUGGUUUAGUAAA